AUGUACGAUUCUCCCACCCUAGGGUAUAAAUGAUGAAUAUAGUUCCUAAGUGCCGGUGGUAUUGUUGGCCCCCUGUUCAUUGCCUUCGAAGCUGGCCAUGGAAAUUGGUCAUGCUUAGCCUGCGAACAGGCUCUCAAGCUGAAUUGAGAGCCUGCAUCGAUGACUAAUGAAUUUGAAUAUCUGCGUCUCAAAUCGUGACGCGAAAUUCUCAUUGGUCAGAUGCUAUAAUUUAUAUGUUUCAGCUGAGCUCUAUAUAUGUCAACUGCCGAAGCCGGCUAUGCAUAAAAAACACAUUAACCGAUCAAAUUGGUCUUGGCCAUCUUAUCUCAAAGCACGAAAUGUUCUGUUUUGAGAAAACAGUAUUUAAAACAUUUGAACUUUUGCUUGAAUAUCUUAUAUUUCAAAAAACAGUAUAAACUGUACGGUCUAAAUUUAGUUCGCACGGUCUAAAUUUAGUUUGCACGAAAGUUGUAAACAACACCAUAUAAGGAUAGACAUUCCAUAUUUGGAAAAACGAACGUUACGGGGCAGAUAUUCAAAUUCAUUAGUCAUCGAUGCAGGCUCUCAAUUCAGCUUGAGAGCCUGUUCGCAGGCUAGGUCAUGCUAUGCUAAUAAGCGUGCAUCUAAAUAGGUUAAAAACAAGACAUUUCUAAAGGUUUGAAUAAUGUAAAUUUCUAUGGCUAGCUCGCCACUGCCCAUGUCUGAUACAUGUUUAUUUCGCUAGGUCUACUCGAGAUUCAGAUCCAUCGGAGCAAGAACCAAGACGAGCUGCUUGUAAUAAUUCACGAAGGGGGAUCAGAAGGGCGCCUGCGAGGAAGACGAACGAAAGAAGACAUGACAGCGGUCACAACAUUAAAAGUCCCUUGAAAAAAGUAAGAGUUUGCUUUAACUAUCCUUCCGAAUGACCAAUCACACGCAAAAACUGUAGUAAGCAAGCCACUGUACCAUCAAAGCAAAAUUAGUUUUAAGCUCUGAAUCGUCUUCCUUUUAUGAUCCAGUCAUGAAACGGUUGCCUUACUGCAGUUUCACGUUAUACGCGUCCACGUCGUACAAAAAUGUGAGUAUUAUUGUUGUUUUUGACAUUUAGGCGCGGUCAUUAAUUCAAUAUCACAAACUUCAACAACUGAACCAAGCCUGGCUGUUUUUGCAAUUAAUUAGUCAUUAAAAUAUAUAUUUAUUCCAUUCGUCAAAUAAAUACUAGAAUAUUGCCUUAACAUACACCGAAGGACGUACAAGAACAAACAGCCUCAUUAAGAAACGAAACAAUUUUUAAAAUCAUUGUUCCCUAUCAGCCAUUUCCCAAAGUCUUGGCAGCACACAUUUAAAUGAAAUGUUUGAUGUAAAAAGGAGAUAUUUCAUUUUUGGUCGUCUAAAAAGUUGAUAUUUUAUAGCAGAUACUUCUACUCUUUCACAUAUUUGACGCCUGUCACCAUAUAUUUUGUCCCUCCAAACGAUCCCAGAAUGCACUAAAGAUUUAUUACUCUCAGCUAUAAAUAGCCGCAACGUCAAUCUGUUUUCAUUUCUGACAUUGAAAUCAAUGCUUCCACAUUUAAAUGUUCAAUUUCCAUAUAUGGCAGCAAAAUAAAAUUCCGUAAAUUACCUAUGCUAUCUCUAAAUAUCGUACGUUAUCCAACAUAUUUCAAUUUGAGGCCUGGGACGAGUUUUAAAUUUGGGAUACCGACAAUCUCGUACCCAAAGCCAUUAGGGACGAGUUUGAUAAAACAUGAUAAAAACAUGUGGAGCACAGGUGUACACAGAUCAGCAGGGCACUAGCUAGGUCCAUACUAUGUGUAAUAUUCAUUGAAAACGGAUUAAUUGGAUUUUUAACGCAUAUUUUAGCACAAUUUACAAUAUUUUCUGGAUACUGAAAUUUUCAUAGAAUUUUCAUCAUUUUUUUCAGUUUCACAAAAAAUUUCCUUCCAGAUUUUUAUUAAAUUAACGAAUUUCUCGAAAUGUUGGGAAACCGAGGUGGCGGAUUGCUUUGGUUGGUUGCUGGGCUACACUAAUUCUGGGGGUUAAGAUGGAUGCUAAGGUUUUCCUCAUCUCGUCUUUCCCUUUCUUCUGCAAAACCUCUAAAGACCUGAACAUUUCUGUAACCUAGAAUACUAUUUCCUAUGUUAGUACUAAUGUGCGUAUUUAUAUCCCAGGCACCACAUCCAUUAGGAUGCCUCAGUCCCAACAAAGAAUUCUCGACAGAUGCUGGUGAACCUAGCCAACAAUACUUGCAAGGCCAUGGUGAUAAGCUCCAUGAUAAUGACAGCGAGCAAGGGGAAUAUUCAAGGUUGACAACUCAAACAUCGUCCGAAACAUCCUCUCUGACAUCUUUACAUAGUUCUCUUGACGAGCAUCAUAAGGAGAACAAUACCCGGGAUCAGAUGUCUGAGGUUGCAAGCAGCCACGAGCUAUCUGUUAAAAGUGAAAACCUGAUCGAGGUGAAGGAUGUUUCAGGAGUCAAACGAAAGCUCAGCGAAAGUGAUAUGUCAGAUGCGGUAUGUUAUUUAGUACUGUAUUUGCUCUAUUUAGUCCCCAGCCUUUUAGCCCCCACCCAUUCUAAUUGGCCCACUGUUUAGGUCUGAGCUCCCAUCCUCUAUUAAUUACGUAAUUUUCAAUGUGAUAGACGAAAUCGCAGUUUCGACUGCGCAUUCUGGGCUGGAAACAAAUUGCAGUUGAACUAUAACAUGUAGCUGGGACAGGAAGAAUUAGAAUAUGCAUAUCAAAGUAUUGGAAUGUUCAGUCAUUAUUUGAAUAUGCAAAAUGUUGCUCAACGACCAAUUAGUUUCGGCACGGUUGAUUAAAUUAGAAAAUAUAUUCCCUUUGGCGUACCUUUCUUUAUUUUGUUUUACACAGGCGGCAAAAUAUGCUAGUGUAAAAAUGAUUUAAUUUGAUAUUUACAAUUUUUGAUAUAUUACAAUUAAACAAGUUCAAUAAUUUGAUAUGCAUACAGUACUGCUCAGAAAUAACCUAAUGUUGGUAUUUUUUCUAUGUAGACAUCUACGUCCGGUCGUGUCAAAAAGCGAAAAAGUGCGCGUCUCACUGGAUGGUUCACAUGUGGCAGUAAUUUCGAAAAGAUUUCCUGACAUUAAAACUGCGUUGUUUCGUUUACUGGAAAGCGUACGGUAGGUACUGUUAUAAAGCCUGUUUUCCCCAUCAAUCGUAUCGUAAGGUAUCGCAGUGUUUUCUUUUGUGUUGAACAGGUGCGGAUCCACAGGUGGGGGGGGGGGGCAACAGAUACGCGAGAAAGUAUUCAUGCAUCAAUACUACGGGUCACCAUUAUAACGCAGGGUGUUAGCCAGGAUUUAAAAAGUGGCCGUCCAAAAUAAUUUUGUGGGCGUGGCCACAAAUUUUCGUGGUCGUGGUCACAUGUUUUUGGGCGUGGCCGCAAUUUUUUGUUGUAGUGGAAUUGUGGUGUUCUAUUCGUUAAACCUUUUUACUUUUAGAUGCACAUUUCCGUUAUUAAAUUAGUAAAAGCACACGUAUGGUAUGAACCGUAUGAUCACUACGAUGUACAGUAUAUAUAAUGAAAAACACAAUACAGCAGUGUAGUGUUUAAUUUUUUUAUCAAUCGCCGAUAUGUUUCCCUUUUUUUAUGCGUUUGGCUCAUUUUAUAGCCAUCUUUACCGUAACUGUAAGGCUAAAGCACGUGACGCUCGAGCGAUUGCUGUUUUUUUAAAACAGCGCUUUCAAAUUAUUCUCCUUGAUACUUUAUGCGAGAAUCAUCAACAUGGUUAAUUACAAAAACAAGGCGCGUUUGUCGAUACUUCAAUUCAGCCAUAAGUAAAGUAAACAGCAGAUGACAACAAUUCGAAGUAUUCAAGAAAUAUUACAAAGCUUGUAAAUUGCUAUUUAAAGAAAAUAUUCCCUUAGGUCGUCCAUGGCCGUCCAUUAAAAUUUAGCCGUCCGAAUUCAGAAGUGGCCGUCCGUAGGACGGUCGGACGGCCGCCUGGCUAACACCCUGUUAUAACGUACAGUAGCGCUUUUCUUACCGGCUUUUUGCCCAAAAUACAAGUACUCUGAAGACAAAUUUUAGGAAUAAAUGUAGUGCUCAGAAUGCAGGCAAUGGCAUUUCAGGGCUUCAAAUUUCAAUAAUAUUCUGGAGACAAUGCCCCGCUACCCCUGUUGUAAUGCACCCCAUCUGGAAAACCUCUACCAAAUCAGGCUAGAUCCGCUCCUGGUGUUGAUGUCAUUAAUGUUGUUGUAGUGCUUAGUAUGCAACAAAGGGAUACGUUUCGUGACGGUACGGUUUAAAUGUAAAGCCUGGUUUACACCAUUCAAGUUUCUGUGAUAACAAUGGGAAGUUUGCAUGGGUAAAUUCCAAGUCUUGAAGGAUUUGUAAGUAAUGUUAGAUAGAACUGACCCAGUGUUUACCAUUAAAGGCUGCAGCAUUCCAGUUACGCGUUUUUCAUACGUGCGUACACGCACGUAAAAGUUGAAUUCGCUUUACAUCCUACUUAUGAAAUAACUAAAUUUAUAAAAGGACAGCAUUCAGUUUUGUGUAUGAUUUAGGCUAUGUUUACAUUGCAUCGGAUCGGUUUUUGCUUCGUUCACGAAACGUUACGGCCCAAGUGUAAACAGCUUCCGCCCUCGCGCAACAAAAUACAAAAAUAUUAUAAGUGAGCAAGCUAUACCCGCAAAUAAGAUUAGAAUAGCAAGUCUUUGUUUCCCUGAUGCCAUCUUGAGUUACGCAUUGAACAGAAAAUUGCUCCGAUUGGUGUUUACAUUGCAAUGAGAGCGACGGAGCGUUGCAACUGAACCGAUCCGAUACACAGCGCACCACUUCGAAGAGCGAACCGCCGCACCACCGGUCCGUUGCAGAAAUUGAGACGAUAACAACAUUUCAUAUGUAAACAGAAGCCCUAUCCGGUAUGGUUUUUGCGUCGGACGCAAAGUGAUCCGAUACAGUGUAUUUGUUAAGGUUAUUUGCACUUAUAUAUGAAAUUUUAAGCGAAUUCAACUUUUACGUGCGUGUACGCACGUAUGAAAAACGCGUAACUGGAAUGCAGCCUUAAGUCAGUUUGCUCAAACAUUUCUUACAAAUCCUUUUCCCACGAAAAAUUCCUACUGUGAUCACAGACACUUUGGUAGUGUAAAUCAGGCUGGAAGGACCUUUUCUACUUCAACCGUAUCGUAAAUUAUCGUAGCAUUUUCUUUUCUGUGAAAGUCAUAGGGAUAUAUUUGACCUUUUUGCUGCCAUCUUUAAGCACUAACUGUAACCAAUGACGACAUAACACACAAAAUAUAAUAUGCCCGAUAACUUGGGAACGAGAUAAACUGCAUGGGAAUAAAUUGUUAAGGCAUUCUUGAUAAUUUUCAUGUCAAUUUCAAGUGAUACCUAAAAACUGGGGAAAAAUUUCGCAUCCCUUGCACCAUAGAAUAAAGAUCCAUAUAGAAGGGCCACUUACGUCGGAAGCUUUGAAGUUUCUGUCCUCGCGCAUGUCGCAUUACGCAUGUUGGCCGCCAUUUUCCUAGCCAGUCAAUGACAUUUUCUGGCCAAUAAACACGCUGUACUGGCUGGCUGCUCCGCCUUCUGGCCAGUAAACUGCAUAUUUUUGCAUGAAAAAACGAGGACACGUUGCACCGCUGAGUGGCCCUUCUGUUACUGAUCUUUAUUCUGUGCCUUGCACUUUAACUAAAACUUUAUUUCAUUUUUUCAGGUUUGAGCCCCUGCUUCUUUCCGCAGUAUGUGCAGCCAUUCGACGCAUCUUAAAUAAUAACCUGAAAUUAACAACCUGCUAAUUUAGGAUGUAAAAUAUAUUUUAUUCUAUAUGAACUCAACAGUGAUUCUUAUUUUAAUCAAUAAAUGUGUCCUAUUUCUAUCGAAAAUUUAAUUUGUGUAUAGUAAUAUUAUUUGGAAUUAUUUUGGCUUCAACC